CUCCUCCCUCAGCGAUGUAUAUGGCUAUAUGUUAUGAACAAUGUGCUGAUGUCCGUAUCAGGGAAGUCGGCCCAGCUUUACUCGCACAGCCUGCCAGCUCUGUUUGAACAGAAAGGACAUCUGCACCAGAAACACAGCAGCCUGUCGCUCAGCACCAACUGCCUCACUGAGCGGAUCAGUCUCAGAAAGUUUACCAUAUCUGUAAAGAUUCCUGACACUAAAGGUUGUAGGAGGUGCAGUGUAGCAAGAAACCCAUACACAGAUAGUACAUUUCUGUGCGGGGCUGUCCCAUCUGGCCUGCAACUCGCCAUCAGACUCCCAGAUUCUCUUCCGAUAUUUGAACUGCUGGUGUUGGCAACAGAUGAGUUUCCUCAGCUGUGUGUUGGAGUGAGAGACUGUAGUAAUGAUAAACCACCAACCGGCCAACAGCUCAGGUUUGAUAUUAUAGAGCUGAACGGCGCUCCUGUUCCAGUGCCAGGAGAUAGUGGAGCACUCAGGGCCGUGCAGGUAACCCAGCUGGACCGAGACACUGUUCUCAUCACCUUGGAAAGAACUGUAAAGAUCGUGAACCUGCAAGGACUUCCAUCCAGACAGCUGCCUGCAGAAAUAGUCUUUGACUUCCCCAUUGAAACACUAGUCUGCUUGCAGGAUAGUGUGCUGGCAUUCUGGAAGCAUGGCCUCAAAGGGAGGAGUUUCCAUUCAGAUGAGGUAACACAAGAAAUUACAGAUGAGAGUCGUGUGUUCAGAGUUCUGGGAACAAACAGAGACAUCAUCCUUCAGAGCACACCGACUGAUGACCCGUCAGCACUGAGCAGCCUGUACAUCCUGACAGGACACGAAAGCAGCUACUGA